AUGGCCCCUCACGCAAAUGACGUUACCGAGAAUGGCUCGUCUGCCUCUUCCAGGUACCACGCCUCCUCGACCAAGGGUGCAAUUGAGGCUGAACACAAGUUCGCUGCUCACAACUACCACCCUCUGCCCAUUGUCUUCUCACGUGCUUCAGGUGUAGACGUUUGGGAUCCCGAGGGCAAGCACUACCUCGACUUUUUGUCCGCCUACAGUGCUGUCAACCAAGGACAUUGUCACCCUGAGCUCGUCAAGGCCCUCACCGAGCAGGCUGGACGUCUCACUCUCAGCUCGAGAGCCUUUCACAAUGACGUCUUUCCCAAGUGGGCUGAAAAGGUCCAGCAAAUGUUUGGCUACGACAUGGUCUUGCCCAUGAACACUGGAGCUGAAGCCGUCGAGACUGCCAUCAAGAUUGCCAGAAAGUGGGCUUACAAGGUCAAGGGUGUCCCGCAAGGCAAGGCCUUGAUCUUUGGUGCCGAGGAGAACUUUCACGGGCGAACUAUGACUGCAGUCACCCUUUCCACCGAUCCCGAGUCCAAGGACAACUAUGGCCCAUAUGUUCCCAACAUUGGCGCCGUCAACCCCUCGACCGGCAAGGCCAUUCGAUACAAUAACGUGGAGGACCUUGAGGCGCUUCUUGAGGCGCACGGUAAAGAGACGGCCGCGUUCAUUGUCGAGCCAAUCCAGGGCGAGGCAGGCGUAGUUGUCCCCGAUGAGGACUACCUUGUCAAGGUCUCGGAGCUUUGCAAGAAGCACAAUGUCCUGUUCAUCUGUGACGAGAUUCAGACUGGCAUUGGACGUACUGGUAGAAUGCUCUGCUCGCAGUGGGCAGGUAUCAAGCCUGAUCUCGUCACCCUUGGCAAGGCCAUUUCUGGUGGUCUCUACCCCGUGAGCGCGGUUCUGGGUAGCAAGGAGAUCAUGCUCGUAGUUGAGCCUGGAACACACGGCUCCACCUACGGUGGCAACCCGCUCGGAUGCGCCGUGUCCAUUCGUGCCCUCGAGAUUAUGGAAGAAGAGCAGUUGACGGAAAAGGCCGAAAAGCUCGGUAACAUUUUCCGACAGAGCCUCGAAGCUUUCAACUCGCCAAUGAUCAAGCUCGUUCGUGGCAAGGGUCUGCUCAAUGCCGUUGUCAUCAACGAGGACCAGACCAAUGGCCACUCGGCUUGGGAUCUGUGCCUUUUGCUCAAGGAAAAGGGUGUCUUGGCCAAGCCAACUCACGGAAACAUUAUUCGUUUCGCUCCGCCCCUGGUCAUUAGCGAAACCCAGCUCCGCAAAGCCAUCAACAUUAUUGGCGAUGCUCUCAAGGAGCUUCCGUCGCUCAAGCAGCACGAGUAUGUCCACGUUGGCAUUGAAAACUAA